AUGCAUUGCAGAGUUGUAGCUCGCUUUCUAAUUUGUAUCUGUUUUGUGGGCUUUACUACUGCAAAAUGUGUUCCCGAAAAGUGUGGUUCCAUGAAUGUGAGUUACCCUUUCUGGAUUCACAAGCCUCAUUGUGGACACCCACGUUUUCAGAUCACAUGCACAGAGGACAAGUAUUCUUGGAUGCUAGCUCCAUACUUUACCACCUUUCGAGAUAAUUCUACUGGUUUUCGAGGAGAUUUUACAGAUGUGGUUUUUGAUCAGAGCUCUUCGAAGAUUAUGGAUAUCGAUUAUGAGGGUCACCUUAUCAUAAAUUCUUCUUUGAUCAAGGCAUCUUCUUGUAAUGAUGAUCCAAACAACGGUGGGAGAAACUACUUUGAGCUACCUUCGGUGGGCCUUUCACUCUUUCCAAGUCCAAUGGGCGGAGGUCUGUUUCGAUUGCCCAACUACGAUGGUGGCAGGUUCUGUGGCUUCUCCAAUAUAAUGGACCCUUCCACUUUCACCAUCGUCGACAAUGAAACCAACCUAUUUUGGAGAAGAGGCAAACAGCCUUAUUAUGGUAUCCGUCUUAACUGGGGUUUCGGGGAAAAGGAUUGUGCCAUGGCUAAAGAAACGACGGAUUAUUCUUGUGCAUCCAAUGCAGAAUGCCUUGACUCGCCUUCAGGAAAAGGGCACGUAUGCAAAUGUCUCCCUGGAUAUGAAGGAAAUGGUUACUCCAAUGGCACUGAUUGCACAGAUAUCAAAGAUCCUAAUGACAAUGAUGAUGAAUCUUCAGAUAUAAACGAAUGCAAUACAAACCGGAGUAUGUGCGUUGGAGUAGAGCAAGGGGGACUAUGCUUUAAUUUGGUAGGUUCCUACAACUGUUCAUGUACAAAUGGUUAUGUGGGAGAUGACUUUACAAAUGGGACAGGAUGCAAGUCCACAAAUUCAAAUAGCCUAGUCUUUCCUGCAAUCACAGGUAACAAAAUAUUUAAUAUAUUGCGCGUGAGCCGUCUCGUCGUUUGUGGUUGUCUCUCUAGCAGCGUCUCUUUUGGUUUGGAGUCUAAAGAAACGCCACUUAAAACUUGUGGAGGCCAAGUACUAUCAGCUGUUGCAGCGACACAUAGUACUCUUGUGGCCAUUAAAAAGUCCAAACAAGCUUUAAAUCUGGAGGAUGACCAUGAGUUGCUUAAUGAAGUUACAAUUCUCUCCCAAAUAAAUCACAGAAAUAUAGUGAAAUUGUUCGGGUGCUGCAUCCAAACUAAAUUCCCUUUGUUGGUAUCUGAAUUUGUUCCCAAUGGAACACUCUUUCAACAUUUACACUCCAAAGAGGGGUCUUUGCCUUGGGCGUCACGUCUGCAAAUUGCAAUUGAGACAGGGGAGGCUUUGGCAUACCUACAUUCUGGAGCAUCCCAACCCAUUUUCCACCGGGAUGUAAAAUCAUCUAAUAUUCUUUUGAAUGAGAAACUCUCUCCCAAAGUUGCAGACUUUGGGAUUUCUCGUCUCAUCUCAGCUUCCAAUAACACACAUGUCACCACAUAUAAUAUAAAGGGCACAUGGGGUUAUUUAGAUCCUGACUACUUCCAAGUUCCAAACAUAUCAACUCACCGAAAAAAGUGA